AUGUCGCGCAAAGACAGCCCUUCUACACCAGCCGCUGUGGGGCAGGUCGCUGAGGGAAAAGUGGGCGAUGGAAAGCUCGACGGCAGCAAGGAUGGCUCUGUAGACAUCCCUGCCACGAGAGCUACUGGAUAUCGAGACCUAUCGGAUUCAGAGGUGGCCCAGUUCCCAGGCGUCAAGCGAGAGCAUUGGUGGGAGCUAUGGCGGCCAAGACACACUCCUCCGCCCCCCAAAGUAUCACUAGAGGAUGCGGAUAUCAUACCCCUGGCGACCGCUUCUAUACUGAGCAAGUUGACCUUUCGAUGGGUCACUCCUAUCAUGGUCAAGGGCUACCAGCGGCCCCUACAAGCUACUGAUCUCUGGAAGGUGAGUAUUUCUCACGCUGCCUCUCAACCUCUCUCAACACGUUUUAUGGAAUGUCUCGAGAUACGACAAAAGAAGGCCAGAGAGUGGAACGAAAGUCUGCCGACCGCCACGCCUACUCGAAAACAACGGGUCAAAUGGGCUUUCACUGCAGCGACUAGACGCAGGCUGGCAUCUGAAUAUGCUCGACAUGGCUCGGACAGCACUUACAACGAGAGGAUGGCUACACUGGAGAAAGAGUGGAGGGAGUGCAGUGGAAAGAGGCAUGGGAGCGUGACGUGGGCUUUGAAUGAUACUCUAUCUGGGUUCUGGGCUGGAGGUCUUUUCAAGGUCUUUGGUGAUACCUCCCAGAUCAUGAUACCCCUCCUUGUCAAAUCCCUCAUCAAUUUCAGUAAAGAAGUCUAUGCCGCCCAUCAAUCUGGAGAACAAGAACCAAACAUUGGGCGAGGUGUCGGGAUGGCCAUCGGUCUGUUCCUCUUGACUGUGAUGCAGUCGAUUUGCCAACACCAAUUCUUCUUCCGGUCCAUGGCCACUGGUGUGCUCGCUCGUGGAGUUUUGAUAGCCGGGGUCUACAAGAAGUCGAUAAACCUGAGCGUCGAGGGUAGGACAGCGCAUCCUAAUGGAAGACUGUUGUCGUACAUGUCCAGUGAUAUCUCGAGAGUAGAUUUCUGUGCCCAAUGUGAGUCACAUCAAUACGCUGUCUGGACUGCACCGAUCCAGCUCAUACUCACCCUCAUCCUCCUCAUCAUCCAAAUUGGACCCUCCGCAUUGGUCGGCUUUUCGCUCUUCGUCAUUCUGGCCCCUCUGCAGACAUGGUUCAUGAAGUUUAGCUUCAAGAUACGAAAGAAGUCUAUGGUUUGGACGGAUUCUCGGUCACGGCUACUUCGCGAGCUGCUGUCGUCCAUGGAGAUCAUCAAAGUGUUUACUUAUGAGAUUCCUUUCCUGAAACGGUUGAAGGACUUUCGAAAGAAGGAGAUGGCUGGGGUGCGAAAGAUCCUGAUGAUCCGGGCCGCCAACCAGGCUCUGGCCUUCAGUGUUCCGUCACUCGCCUCAGUGCUAGCAUUCGUCACUUACGCAGCUUCUCACGACAACAUGGACCCGGCUCUGAUUUUCACCUCUCUCGCCUUCUUCAACCUCCUUCGCCAACCCCUCAUGUUCCUCCCCCGAGCCUUAUCCUCUUUGACCGACGCCCAAAAUGCUAUGGAACGGCUUACCGAGGUCUUUGAAGCAUCCGAUCGCGCCGAGAGCACGGUGAUCGAUCCGUCCAUCGGUAUGGCGAUCCGCACGCGGGAUGUUUCGUUCUCAUGGAGCAAACUCAAUGCGGCGGAUGCAAAGGAAGAGAAGGAAAAGAAUUUUGACGCCCCGUUUGGUAUCUCUUCUUUGAGUAUCGAGAUUCCUUGGGGCAAGAUUGUGGCUAUUGUAGGUCCGGUAGGGAGUGGAAAGAGCAGUAUCCUCCAAGGUCUUAUCGGAGAGAUGCCACAACUCGGUGGAUCAGUGACCUUCGGUGGUCGACUUGCGUACUGUCAACAAUCGGCUUGGAUCCAGAACGCCACCUUGCGAGACAACAUCACAUUCGGCCAACCAUGGGACGAGAAGAGGUACUGGCAAGUCGUGAGAGAUGCAUGCUUGGUACCGGACUUGGAGAUCCUAGGGGAUGGGGAUUUGACGGAGAUUGGUGAGAAAGGCAUCAACUUGUCCGGCGGCCAGAAACAGCGAGUCAACAUUGCUCGAGCUUUCUGGUCUGACGCAAUCAUACAGCUCUUCGAUGACCCCUUGAGCGCUGUUGAUGCGCAUGUCGGCAAAUCUCUCUUCGAAAACGCUAUCCUUCCUCUGCGCGAGAAAGGCAAGACUGUUGUUCUCGUCACGCACGCCCUUCAUCUCCUGCCCCAAGUCGACCAUAUCUACGCCAUUCGUCAGGGAACGAUAGUGGAGCAAGGGACAUACACUGAACUCAUCGCCUGCCGGGGCUUGGUGGAAAAGUUGAUGACCGAGUUCGGUGGUCUAGGAGGCGCUGAAGAGGAAGAACGUGCUGCCGAAGAAGAGACUGCUCUUGACGAGGAGAAGUCAGAGUCGACUAAAAGGAAACCAGGGCAAGUGCAGGAGGCAUCUGAUGGUCUGAAGGAAGCUGGGAAAGGUAAAGCUGCGGGUACUGGCAAGUUGGAAGGCCGUUUGAUGGUCUCAGAGGUCCGCAAGACAGGAUCUGUCGGGGGAAAAGUCUACAAGGAGUACUUGAAAGCAGGCAAAGCCAAGUAUACGGUGCCCUUGACGAUCCUGUUCGCCAUAAUCAUGCAGGGAUCCCAAGUCAUGUCGACAGUAUGGCUCACGUGGUGGGAAAACUCUACGUUCCAUCAAGCCUGGAGCACGUACCAAGGCGUGUACGCAGUCUUGGGCAUAUCUUCAUCCAUUUUCAUCUUUGCUAUGGGCGCGACUAUGGGUAUCAUCGCCAAUCUUGCUUCCAAAAAACUCCAUUCGCAAGCUUUGGAGAACGUCUUCUAUUGUCCCAAAUCUGUAUUUGACACCCAGCCUUUGGGAAGAGUAUUGGGUGUCUUUGGCAAGGAUUUUGAUACUAUCGACAAUCAAUUGGUGGAUAGUUGGCGGAUGAUGGCGAUGACGCUUGUAACACUUAUGGGAUCUAUCAUAAUCAUCACAGUCUACCUGCACUACUUCAUUAUAAUUAUCUUCGGCGUCGGGAUAGGUUAUUGGUACUUUGCCAUGUACUAUCGCACCUCUUCGCGGGAGCUCAAGCGGCUGGAUUCCAUGCUCCGAUCUCUCCUCUACUCCCAUUUCUCUGAAUCGCUAUCUGGGAUCGCUACCAUCCGAGCGUACUCAGAGACCCCUCGUUUCAUCAAGGACAACACAUACUAUGUUGAUCUCGAGAAUCGCGCUUACCUCCUGACCGCCACCAACCAGCGAUGGCUUAGUGUCCGGCUGGACUUUUUGGGCGCCCUCUUGGUAUUCGCCGUCGCCAUCAUGUGUGCCAGGGGCGGAGGUGGUAUAACUGCUAGCGAAAUCGCGUUGUGUCUGACCUAUUUGACCUCGGUCACCCAGGUGCUGGGUAUGGUGACUCGACAAAGUGCAGAAGUUGAGAACAACAUGAAUGCGGUUGAAAGAGUGCUUUGGUAUUCCAAUGCGAACGAACUACCGCAAGAAGCUGCUCACCACUUGCCCUCGACUGAUCCUCCCAUGACUUGGCCUGGGCAAGGGGCUGUUGAGUUCAAAGACGUGGUCAUGUCUUACCGCCCUGGCCUCCCCCCGGUCUUGAAGGGAUUGUCGCUGUCCAUCUCCGCGGGCGAGAAAGUCGGGAUCAUUGGACGUACCGGAGCAGGCAAAACAUCCAUCACCAUGGCCCUCUUCCGCUUGGUUGAGCUUACCUCUGGCUCAAUUUCGAUCGACUCCCACCCCAUCGAUUCUAUAGGUCUUUCAACGUUGCGUUCCAGAAUCGCCAUCAUCCCGCAAGAUCCUGUCCUCUUCAGCGGCACUGUCAGGUCCAAUCUGGACCCGUUCAUGGAGAAGGAAGAUGUAGUCUUGUGGGAUGCGCUGAAGCGAGCGAAGCUCGUAGGGCAAGGAGGGAGAGGAAAGGAGGAGAAGACUUUCGGGCUGGAUAGUGUCAUCGAGGAGGAAGGGUCGAAUCUGAGUGUCGGAGAGAGGUCUUUGUUGAGUCUUGCGCGAGCGUUGGUCAAGGAUUCAAAGAUUGUGAUCCUUGAUGAAGCUACGGCCGCGGUAGACCUCGAAACAGACGCUAAAAUUCAAUCCACCAUCCACCGAGAAUUCUCUGACAAGACCCUUCUCUGUAUUGCUCACCGCCUUCGAACCAUCAUAUCAUGGGACCGUAUUCUGGUGAUGAAUGCCGGACAGAUAGAGGAGUUUGAUACACCGCUGUCGUUGUAUGAUCGGGAGGAUGGGCAUUUCAGAGCUCUGUGUGACAAGUCAAACAUCUCAAGGGAAGAGAUAUCGAAGGCCAGGCAGAGUGAAUGGGCGUAA